GAGGCACAUUCUCGAGAGGGUGGCCGACGAGGUCGCGGAAGGCUUGGACCUUCUAUGCCUUGACGAGCUCGCCGUGACCAACGUGGCGGACGCCGCGGUACUGACGGAGCUUUUGCAGCUUCUAGCCGUCAGGCACGUGGCUGUAGUUUGCACAACCAACCGACCACCAGAGGACCUCUACAAGGAUGGACUCCACCGGGAGCGUUACGUCCCGGCGUUGGUGUCCCACAUCCGGGACAGCUUGCUGGUGCAAGGUGUGACCGGCCGGGACUACCGGGCGGCCAUGCACCGUGCCGAGUUCGCCACAGCAGAGGCCCCUGGCCCCGCCGUCUUCUUCGAGGAGGGGGGCUCCGAGGAGGUGUUAGACCAGGUGCUCGGAGCUGAGAAGCCGCAGCUAGAGCCCGGGACAGUCAAG